GAAAUGGUUGGUGCUUGAAAUGGGUUCCAAUUUGGGUUUUUGGAUCGAGUGUAGUGUUGAGGUUCCUGGGUUUCUGGUUGUGGAAAAGUUGAAAAAAAUUGCUUUAUGGGGGUUAGUGUUUGGAUGCGAUUUGCGAGGACCUGAAGUGAAGUUUUGCUAUUUUGGAAAAUAAUGAAAAGCUUUUGGGUGGUGCAUAUUCUGUAAAAUCAUUGCUGAAUUUCCGAAUUUUAACGAAUUCUGUUAAUGUUAACCACAUUAACAGAAAGAUGGAAGCUUUAGAUUACUUACUUUUGGUCCAAUUCAAGUUGGGGUGACUGUUGUUUGAAUUGGGCUGAAUAAUAGAAGCAACAGUUUUUUUCCCUUUGUGGUACGUGUUGGAUGUUGCUGAAUUUUAGACUUAAUGCCCAAUCUAGCUGUUGAUGAGGGUGGCAAAUUUAGAAAUUGAUACUACCUGGUGAAUAUAAUUCAAAACCACUUUGAAUCAGGACAAAAGAAUUGAUGAUGGAGAUAGAAGGAAUAAUGAGAAUAUUGAUAAGUAUAGUUUAAUGUUCCAUUCCUUCAUAGUAUAGUUUAAUGUUGAUUUGAAAUAUUAUAUUGUUUCCUUAAUUUAGACUAAAGAAAGGGUUUUUUCAUCCUUUUAUUUUUUUUGGUUGAGGUUGCUUUUGACAGGGAAACACUUAGUUAAUGCUUGUAAUAGAUCUAUUUGAAAAUCUAUUUUAUUAAGAUUCCCUGUUUUACUCAAUUUUUAGAGCUUUAAACCAUAGUGUUUGAAGAUAAAGAUUUAUUACUAUGUUAAUGUGGAUAACUACAUCCAUAUAUUUCUUGCCAAUGCAACUUAUGAUGGAUGAAUUGUGUACAGCAGGCAGUAUUCUUGAUAGGGCUAUUGAAGCAGAGGACAGGAAGCAUGGAGACUUUCUGAGGCUGGAACACAUUGAGGGGUACCUUGAACUGUCGGCCAAGACGAAGUCUUUUUUUACUACAGUUGUUGCUUUGUGGGAUGCGGAUUUCUAUGUUAAAUAUAGCUUGCUCUUGUGGAAGGCCUGA